GGGGAAACGAACUUGCCCACUGAACCUUUCUUUUUUCUUCUUCCACAACUACAAUGAGCAACAACGACGUAAACAGCAGCAACAGGAGUCAUCAACGCCAACCAGACGAUCGUGAACGAUCAACUACACCUGAAUCUCCUCCACCACCUCCAAUUAAAGUAAAAUAAAAAGAAAAAGAAAUCUUUCCCCCCCACACCUUUCCCCUUUACUGCCAGUAACAACAACCAAACCAAAAAAACUGCGAUUCGUGUAAUCUUUGGAACUGACAAUCUUACUCUCGUCUCUCUUCUCGCGCGCCGCGUUUAAACGUGUCUACCUCUACUGCCUCGCUCUAUAAUCCUUUUUUUUUUUUGGUUUUUGCUUUAAAAACCUUUGCCAAAACAAAAACUUUAGCCAAUUGCUGCAACAAAGUUACAAGCAUUCUCAGUCGGUACAAACAAGAAGACGCCUUACCAAAAACACAAGGAAGAAAACGAAAUGAAGAAAAAGAAAGAGACAGAAGAAGCAGCCAAAGUAUAUGCUGAAUUCGUAGCGUCUUUUGAAGACCCUCACAACCAUAAGCGUAGCACAAAGUCGUCUUUUGUAAAGUCAAGAAGCGUGGUAUCUCGAGAUUCGGAUGAACAACAACCUUCUUCAUCUUCUCCGUUAUCGCUCGAACAGAAGCAGUCGCAACAAAGCUCAUCACAACCACCAUCCACACUAUCUCCCUCCACGACUACAUCCAAACCUCCUUCUUCUUCUUCUUCGUAUAAACCAAUGCCUUUUAUCAAAGCUGGAGAAGCAUCCAAACCGAAACCUACCAUGACCCUGUCGUCGCGAGCGAAACAACAACAAAAGCUACAGCAGCAACAACAGCAGGAAGAAGACGAUGACGAUGAAGAAAAUGAUGCAUUGGCACUGAAAGAAGCUCGGGCACAAAAGAAACGAAACUUGGAUAUUUUCUUGGAGGAAAUCAAAAGAGAACAAGAGGAUCGCGAGGAUCGACUUAAAGUAAAACAAAUGCGAUCCGGGACUUCAAUUGGAUCAGCAGAACCAGUGCCUUCAUCAGGAAUUACAUUAAGAGCAGCUUUUGAAGAGAACGCUGGCUCCCACGAUACGGGUGAUCCAGCAACCACUAACCUCUAUGUCGGCAAUAUCAAUCCAACGGUCAAUGAAAUAAUGCUUUGUCACGAAUUUGCAAGAUUUGGACCUAUCGCAUCCGUCAAAAUCAUGUGGCCACGCACGCAAGAAGAGCAUGACCGGAACCGAAACUGUGGAUUUGUAAGUUUCAUGAGUCGUCCCGAUGCAGAGCAGGCUUUGAGAAACUUGGAUGGCAAGUCGUUCCAUGAUUAUAUCAUGAAGGUUGGAUGGGGAAAGGCGGUGCCUUUACCAGAGAAACCUGUUUUUGUGAUGGAUACUGGAUCCAAGCUGGUACAAACAGGUUUACCGUUCAAUGCGCAAAUUAUUGAGAACUCAAGUGGCGUGUCUUCCAAACCGCGCGCCGAAGUGACAGUUGUCAAACCAUCAGAUAUUCAACAUGUCAAGGUCAUCCAUCGCAUGAUAGAGCGUGUAGUCAAGCAUGGUUCAGCAUUUGAGGCUAUUAUCAUGGAACGCGAGAAGAACAACCCAACAUUUGCAUUUCUUUUUGACAACAUGUCGGAAGAACAUAUAUAUUAUCGAUGGAAACUUUAUUCGAUCUUGCAAGGCGAUACCAAAUCAGAAUGGCGAACAGAACCUUUCCAAAUGUUUGAGGGUGGUGCUUGGUGGAUCCCACCGGAUGUGCCCUUUGAUGAUGAGGGUAUGAUGGAUGCUUUAGUGGAUUCAGAAGAUGAAGAAAAAGAACGAAUCCGGGAACAUUUGCCCAAAGGUGUACUUGGAAAAAUCGCUAGACAACGAUUUGAAAGCAUGCUUAGACAAAUCACGUUUCAACGAGGAUCCAUUGCCUGUGCCAUGGCAUUUGCUAUUGAUCAUGCAGAUGCAGCAGACGAGGUGAUAGACAUCAUCAUCAAGUCAUUGAUUAUACCAGAGACUCCACUCGCUGUGAAAUUGGCCAGAAUAUAUCUCGUCUCCGACAUUUUGCAUAAUAGUGGCGCACAUGUGGCUAAUGCUUGGAAAUAUCGUAUGAGCUUCGAAAAUCGACUGACACCAGUGUUCGAACACUUGAAUGAAAUAUACAGAUCCAUCUCUGCUCGGCUGAAAGCUGAACAAGUUCGCCGACAUAUCACCAAUGUUCUUUCUGUGUGGGAAACAUGGAUGGUUUUCCCAAAACACCAUAUUGAUCAUUUGAAAUCGACGUUUAUGAAAAAGGGUGGAUAUAUAUCGCGAAGCCAAUCACCGGAAUCAAACACAUCGAUAACAAAAGACGAUAAUGAUGGUGAAGUUGAUGUGGACGGCGUACCAUUGAACGUUGGCGAAUUACCGUUCAAGACACAGGAAGCUGAGGAUGACGACUUGGAUGGUGAACCGAUGGAUGAUGUAGACGGGGAGCCGAUGGCAGAUGAUGACGAAGAGGAUGUAGACGGUAUACCGAUGAAUGAUACUGGAGAAGACGUGGAUGGAGAGCCAAUGUACGAUGAAGACGUGGAUGGAGAACCUCUUUCAGAUCUUGAGCAUAGUGGUAGACAAAAGCAAGGAAAUGAAGAGGAGAUCAAUGACAUGUUUACGUAAUCUAGGUUAUUCAACAUUGAUCGAAUAUUUUUGUACAUAAUUAAAAUGUAUCACUGCUUUAAUAUAUCGUGUGGUAUUGGAUGGCUUGCAUAUAUCUGUGC